AUGGGUCCACAUCCCCUCCCCCUCCUCGGCAACGUCCUCUCCAUACCCACAAAAAACGCCCAAUUCCAAUUCACAAAAUGGGCCUCCCAAUACGGCGACAUCUACAGCCUCAAGCUCUUCCACACCACCACCAUCGUCCUCAGCUCCCGGCGCCUCGUCCGCGAACUCAUCGACAAACGGGGAACAACAUACAGCAGCCGCCCACCCUUCGUCUUUGCAACAAGGUACAUCGCGCGCGAUCCCGCGAAUAUGCCUCUAGUCGUCUUCAUGCCGUCGGGCGAGAAACUGAGGUUAUGCCGCAAGUUACUGGCGCAGUGUUUCAACGAGGCGAAGGUCGACAAAGAGUACAUCGGACUUGUGGAGGCGGAGGCUAGCCAGAUGCUGUGUGAUUUUGGGCAAGAGCCGGAGGAGUUUAUGGGGCAUACACUGAGGUUCGCGAAUAGCACUAUCAAGAGUCUAGUUUACGGAACAAGAACGAGACAUGCGGAGCAGCUGGAGGAGUACAAGGCUUGGUUUGACAAGUACGUUGCGUUGCUCGAAGUUGGUGCGACACCGCCAGUCGAUUUGCUACCGUGGUUGAUACAUGUGCCGCAGAGGAUAUGGACUGGACGCUGGAAGAAUUGGAAGGACAAGAGUGAGGAGACCAGCAAGGCUGUUAAUGCUGCCUUUACGCAGAUGGCGGAGCCGGUUUUGGAAAGGAGGAAACGGGGUGUGCGUGCAGCGACUGUAUAUGACUAUGUGCUGGAUGAGGGCGAGAAGGGGAUUGAUCUUACGAGAAGAGAUUUGGAUGUGUUUGCUGGGUCGCUGAUUGAUGCUGGGAGUGAUACGACGGCGUCUGCUAUACGAGUUUUCAUUCAGGCGAUGGCUAGGUAUCCGGAUGUCCAGGAACGAGCACACAGACAUGUUGAUGAGGCGGUGGGAAGCGUGCGAUCGCCCGGGUGGAGCGAUGUCGCGAGGUUACCGUAUGUCGUGCAGAUUAUCAAGGAGGUCAUGCGAUGGAGACCUCUUGCGGCCUUGAUAAUGCGCUCGACUACUGCUGAUGACACAAUUGACGGCUACUUCAUCCCAAAGAACACGACAGUCCUCGUCAACGUCUGGGCUUUGAACCAUACCCCAUCUGACGUCGACACUUGCGACUCCCCAAUGUCAGAUUUUGAUCCCGAUCGCUAUGCAACACGCACGCAUACUUCAGCUCAGUACGCAGCGUCUCCUGACGUGGGUUCGCGGGAUCACUUCACGUUCGGUGCUGGUCGUCGUAUUUGUCCUGGCAUGCAUCUUGCUGAGCGCAGUCUCUUCAUUGCUAUUGCGAAAUUACUUUGGGCCUUCGAGUUCAAAGAGAAGCCUGGGAAGUCUAUUGACAUCGAUCCUGAUACUGGGUUUAUGGAUGGUAUUGUGAGGACGCCGAAGGAUUUUGAAUGCGAGAUACAAGUGAGAGAGGGACGCGAGGGAGUGUUUGAAAUGGAAUUUGCGGAGGCGAGAGAUGUGUUGGCGAAGUAUGAGAUGUAA